GGGGAAUCGAACCCCGAUAUCCUGUGUGAAAGACAGGUAUGCUAGCCGUUACAUCACAUCGGAGGUAGUUAUUGAAAGUCGAGAACUUUUGUUAUACAAUCUCGUGCUUUUGAAUGUAGGUGAACUGCUUGGCCGCUUUCUCGCAAUCGAUUGCGGCUCGGCAGAAUUGUAUGUGACGGUAACCCGCCAAAUGGAAACGUGAGCGUGGCCUCUUUCUGGCAACCCGCACCUUCACCUCCCCCGACCUUCUACCAUCCACCUCGUCCUUCUUCUCCCUAGCCGACUCACUUCCUUGUUCCAUCGGCCAAUUGACCCAUCUAUCUCUUCAUUCAUCAACUUUAAUACUGUACUUGUUUUCUUUGCUCUUGAGCCCUUUUUUGAUUCCACUUUCAUAAUGGCUUCUCCUCGUGCUGCUUCUCCCCUGACCUCCGGGGCCGAGUCCGGCCCUGACUCCAAGUCUGCCGGCGCUGGCUCCGGUGCCUCUGCCGUCUCAUCCGUCAACCGUCCUUCCUCCCCUACUCCUCCUGGUGGUCCCCGGGCUGCUUUGCGUCGCCGCGCGGCCGCUGACCACAAGGAGUCCCUCCGCAAUGCGCGGCCCAGCUCGACCCGCGCUGCCGGUGCCGGCGGUUCUUCUGGCACAAUGCUGAAGCUCUACACCGACGAGAGCCCCGGCUUGAGGGUCGACCCCGUUGUCGUCCUGGUUCUCAGUCUGGGAUUCAUCUUCUCUGUCGUUGGUCUGCACGUCAUCGCCAAGAUCACCCGCAAGUUCUCCUCGUAAAUCAGCGCCCAAACGCCAUCGGUCCACCGCUAGACACUCUUCAGCCUGGAUUUCCUGAUACGCAGCACGCUAUUCAUCAGUGAAUUACAUUCAGCCCUGCGGCGUGGCUGGCUUGGGCCGACCUCCGACCGAGAGAAUCAGAUCGUCGCAUCAUU